GGGAGUGAACCGGAAGUGUAAACGCUCCCACUUCUUCUCGGCCAGGCGGAACCUGCUUUGCUGGGCCCGGUGGCCGCAAAAGAACUUUCUCCCGCCCCAACGGUGGCCGCGGCCAACUGCCUCGCCCGUCUGGCAGCCUUACCCGCCUUCCCUUCACCUCCUCUUCGGCUUCGCGCGGCCCUGUCUCCUCCUCGUGCGGCGGUAUCCGCUUGCUGCCGCCACCGCCUCCCUCGCCUUCUGCCUGGCCAAGCGGCCCGCCCCGCUGCAGUGAUGUGCGACAAGGAGUUCAUGUGGGCCCUGAAAAACGGAGACUUGGAUGAGGUGAAGGACUAUGUGGCCAAGGGAGAAGAUGUCAAUCGGACACUAGAAGGUGGAAGGAAGCCUCUUCAUUAUGCGGCAGAUUGUGGACAACUUGAAAUCCUGGAAUUUCUGCUGCUGAAAGGAGCAGAUAUUAAUGCUCCAGAUAAACAUCAUAUCACCCCUCUUCUGUCUGCUGUCUAUGAGGGUCAUGUUUCCUGUGUGAAAUUGCUUCUGUCUAAGGGUGCUGAUAAGACUGUGAAAGGUCCAGAUGGACUGACCGCCCUUGAAGCCACUGACAACCAGGCAAUCAGAGCUCUUCUCCAGUGAUGGAUGGAUGGACUGAUAACUUGGGAAGAAUGACUCUCCUGUGGCCUCACACUGCUGCCUGUCUGUCUGUCACUCUCUAUCUGCCAGCUUCUUCAGCUAAAUACUUUCAGAGGGGUGAGGGGAGAGAGAAAUUCAUAAUAAAUCAGACUACCAGAAAAAAAAACAAUGCUUUGGAGAGGGGAAAAGCCAGGAUCAGGCUCUUACUGGGAGUCCUGAUCAAGCCAGCCUCCUUUCCAUUUCUAAUAAAAUAGACAGCUUAGACCCAAGGGAGAGCAAAGACACAAUGUACCAGGAACAUUUGACCUUUCCAGCUCCCUAGCCAAUUCAUUAAUUAGAUUGUGUUGAAGGUCUGAUUAUACAAAGGCCAACUCUUAUUUGGCAGCCCUACCUGCAAGCAGUAGUGGCUGCUGCGAUGUAAACCUAGGGUGCUGAGAUAAGCAAUUAGCUACAGCCUUCUGCCUUAAGAAUGCACUCUCCUGGGGAGUUCCUGGCACAGUUAAGAGCGCUGCCUCUGGUUGGUGACCAAAUCUUCCCUCGGUGACUUCAAGCUUUAUGUGAAAGCUCAGUUAAAGUGAGGUGGGGCACACUCCUAAAUUGCUGGAUGACUGAACUUUGGAUUUUCUCUCCCCUUUCAUGUGGAUUUCAUGUCUCUUUAGAUAAAACUGACUAGUUUUAUUUAUAAAAUCUUAAAUUUUAGAAGUCUAAAGGAGAAACCAUUCCAGUAUGUGUAUUUUUUUUUCUCCUCUAGAGUCAGACAUUUAUGUAACAGUGAAACACUUUCAAACUCCUGCUGGUAGUAAAAGGGGAUUUAAAAACAGAAUCAUAGCCAUAAGCCUGUUAGUAUCAUAUAAAGAGAGAAACAUUGUCUUAGUACCUAUGAAUUUUCUUCAUUUUCUGUUUGAAUGAAUUGACCUCAGUUAUGUUUGGAGAAUCAAGGAGCAUUCUUUGGAAUGCCUCUCAGACCCAUCUUGGAUGCUGAUUACUUAGUGCACCAAAGCUAUCACUGGGGUGAGAUUUACUAUUUGGACAAAUUUAACCCCAUCCCUUCAGAGAUAUGUUUGUUACCAGGUUCCCCAAGUUGUGGACAGGCUUCUGCUGACCAUGCCAACCCACCUGUAUAAUGUGUUUUUCUUUCUAAGUCAUGCAUAAAGUGUAACAACUUCAAAAUCUAUUCUAUGUUCUUAGAAUACAGUGCCCUGAAAUGCCGUUCUUAUGAAUUGCAGAAAAUUUAGUCAUAUCUCCAAGUGUUUAUUUCAUGAGCAGUAAAAUUAAACAUAUAACCUUACAUUUGAUUAUCUUGCAUUUAAAAUAUUGAGAUUUCUUUGACUUGCCAUCCAUAUAUGCUUACUAAAAUAUUAGGGUUUUUCCUUAGCGAAGUCAUGCAAUAAUUGAAUGUACCUCAAAUUUUUAAAGGGGGGGGGCGGGUUAGGGACUUAUAUUCAGAUUGUGGAUAAUAAGAUCUAAUGAUUUUUUUAAGGCAAUGUAGCAUUCUACAGCAGGGUUAAACUAUUACCAAGAACAGUCAGCUCCUGACUAAAAACAAGUUUUAUUGAUCAGUUGCUGAUUGGUUGGUUGGCGUGUGUGUGAGUGUGUGUAUGUAGUGUGUGUGUUCAUGAACCCUUUUUUUAUCCUGUGGCUUUUUCACUUUCAACUAACCUCACCCUGUAAUUUUCCUAUGUCCAAGAAAACAAUCACAAAAUGGUGGUUUAAAAUACUUUGAUAUAUUUGGCAAAUUCUGCUGUCUUAAUGCAGCCUAUUAGAGUUGGACGUCCUGAUUGGAAGUGGAGGGCACUCUGUCAGUCUAUAACUAUCAGCAUAAUACAAAGGGUGGUUUCACCUCUUGGCAUAAUGCUACUUGAAAGGCUUGAAUUUUGCCCUUUACACAGUUUUCACCUUUAUUUCCGAGUGUUGUGUUGUCGUUGGCUGUUGCAGAGAGUGCACCAUCCUAUCAUUCCUAAAUUUGGUCUGCUUUCUGCAGUCAUGGCUUUUUGUACAGUUUAUCCUGAUGUUCCUUGUAAUGCAGUAGAGGCUAUCUCGCCUUCCCUCUUCUUUCUCAGCCAUUUUGUAAACCCUAUAAUUAUAAAGCAAUUGCUUGAGAAAAUAACAUAUAAACAUAGAAUAGAAUAGACUGACCAAGAUGGUUUACACUUUUUUUUAACUAGGUUAUUUAUAAUGUAUUUCUGAACCACUUGGCAGAGAAAUUCACAACACUUACGUUCAUAUUUUGAGUAAAGAAGGCUAACACCAUGUCUUUUUUUGGUACUACAUGCAUUAGUAAAAGGUUAAGUAAGUUUCGUUCUCCACUGAAAUACUAUUUUAACAUCUCAGAAAAAAUCUUGCAUGUUCAGUAGUUUUGUAUUAAAUCAGUCAUUUCGUAUGCACUAUAUCAAGUAAAAACAGGUUGUUUGCCUGUUUACAGUAGGGUACAAACAAAUUCCCCCUGCAGCUGCAGACUGGUGUUUAUAGACUUAGAGUUUAUACACAGCACCUGAGUCUCCCAGUAGUUCUUUGCACAGCUCACCUUUCAAAACCCAGCUGGGCACAGAGAAGUAGUAGGUAGGUGCAGUGUGUGGAAGCUGCAAAUGAGUAAGCCCUUUAUUCAUUGAUUUCUUUCCCCAAAUAAUGGAGUUUAAAUCUACAUGUACCUAUUUUUUUUUUCCUGAAACUUCAACUGAGCUGCUGUUUUCUUCCAUGCAAUAUUGUAUACUCAAUUGUGUAUAGAAGAAGCUGGUAAGAGUGCCCUCCUACAUAAAUAAGCAAUUGCAGUGUUUGCAUGCAAAAUUUAAAAACUUUAAAUUGUCCUGAUUCUAUUUUGUAAAUGGAGAAACAAUCAUAUCUUUCUAAGCAGUAAUGGAGGAAGACUAGUGCUUUGUGCAUUUUGAUAUAUUUGAGUUCAUUUUUCCACAAUGUCAUACUUUUGACACAAUUGGGUUUCUCAUAAGUAUCCUAGUUCAUGUACAUCCGAAUGCUAAAUAAUACUGUGUUUCAGUUUUGUGUUGCAAGAACAAAUGGAAUAAACUUGAAUUGUGCUACA